UCCGGAUUCCCCAACUCCAGGACAAGUCUCUCCCCCAACCCAGCCCCCAACUUCCUUGGCUGUAGAAAUGUCUCCGGGGGCCGGGCGGUGGCGCACCGGGGGAAGCACACACGUCACCAUGCGCAAGGACUCGGUUCGCGCCCCUGCUCCCCACCUACAGGCUUCCUGUUGCCCUUCUCAAGUCUAGAGCUGAGUUAACAGGAAUGGGUGGAGCCCAAAUCUGGGAGACCCAGAAGUCCUACCUACCUGCUUGUGUUUGAGCAACGGACCUGGCAACGGGGUUGAGUGUGACAAACGCCUGACCAGCCUGGUCUGGAGCUUCUGGAGCUUCCACUGCUCGUGUCAUCACGCCAUCAUGGUGCUGCUCAGGUCCCCGGCACUCCUGCUUGUGCUGGCUGUCUUUGAGUUCCACUGUCUGCCCUGGAGCAUACAUAUCUCCGAGAGCCAGCAACCCGGCACCGUCUUCCAGUCUUUCUCCUUCAACUGCUCCUUCUAUAUCCCUACCCUGAAGUUGCUCUCUGUGAUGCCUCCUACCACCUUUUUCAACCCACCCAGCUUGACAAGGUGGAAAGGGGUCUAUAGGGCCGAGAUGACCUUGAGCAGCUCGUCCCAGCUGGAUGCCCUGGUAGUGAACCACUACACACUGCAGCUGCAGUACACGUGUGGCAACUAUGUGUUGGCGGAGCCUCUCUUUGUGAAUGUGCAUCGGGAUCUUAGCCACAUCCGGUGUGCCAGUCGAUUUGCAAGCCCAGCUGGGGGAGUCAUCCAGGUGCAAGAGACAGUCACACCUGGGGCCCAGCUGCACAUUCUCCUGCUCCCAGGCCUGGAACCCCAGGGAGCCCAGAUGAGAAUCACCAGUGCCCAGGACCCUCCAUACUUCCCCGGACCUUUCUCCAUUGACAGGCUGGGUUGGCUGUGCGCACCCUCCCAGGGCUUGAGAGGCCAGGCUAAAAAGGUGUUCCAGCUUCAGGUCUUACUGAACUUCGGAGUGAAUGGGAGCUGUCAUGGGAUGCUGGUGGUCAAAGUUCUGCCUGUUCCCUCCCGCCAAGUCUCUUUCCCGAAGCAGUACCAGAAUAGAACCAUCCUAGAGGACACGGUCCCUGGGAGUAAGGUGACUGAGGUCAAGGCCAAGGGCUUCGAUGUUCGAUACGAGAUUCUCUCGCCAGUACCCUGCCUGUUCUUUUCUAUUGGUCGCGUCGAUGGCAUAGUCCGGACCACUGCCCCACUGGAGUUGACUCUGACCCCAGGCGUGGCGGUCACUAGGCUGAGGGUGAGAGCCUUCGAGCGGCUCUGGCCAUGGGUGAGCGACGAACUCGAGCUCACGGUGGAGGUGGGGAAGGUGAACCGCUGGCCCCCUCGCUGUUACCCAGCGAUGCUGCUGACUCAAGUUCCCGAGGACGUGCCUGUGGGCACCGUGCUGAACGCCUUCACUUGCACUGACCCAGACUCUGCGGGCUCCCCCCUCGACUACCAGCUGCUGUUCCAAACCCCCCCUGAUUCAGGCAGCCUCUGCCUUCAGAACAGGGUCCUGGAGGUGAAUGACACCCUGGACUGUGACACUCCCGGGGCCUGCUCUCAGCAUGCUGCCUCCAUCCUGGUGCUUGAUGACGGCCAUCCCCGUAUGAGCACUGAGGUGCCAGUACUGGUGGUGGUGACGCCUGUCAACGAGUUCUCCCCAGCCUGCAAACCCACCACAUUCCGGGUUCUAGAAGAUGCAAAGCCCCACACUCCGCUGGGCUCUGUGGUGGGCACCGACAGGGACUACCCGCACGACAGCGUUGAGUACUACCUCUCAGGCAGCCCCACCACCUUCGCAGUGGACCGUGUCAGCGGGGAGGUGUUCCUCCUGGGGCCUCUGGACUAUGAGCUACGGAGGCUGUACAGGCUCACUGUCCUGCUGAUCGACCAGGGCCAAGACCAGGACCCCAACCACCACCUCACAGGCUCCUGCACCAUCACCAUCGAAGUGGAGGAUGUGAAUGAACACACCCCCAUGUGUGAGCCCCCAUUUCAAGAGCUCACCAUCCAUACUCUUCUGGGUCGUAGUGUAGAAGUGGCCAAGAUGUCGUGCCGAAUUCCCCAAGAGCCGCUGCGUCAGGCCUUCUCGUACAGCAUUAUUGGAGGGAACAGUCAGAGCCGGUUCAGCUUGCAGGGUGCUGUCCUGAUACACAACGACCUCAUGUUGAGGCCCUUCUGGCUGGAGAAGCCCCAGACUUAUGAGCUCUUGAUCCGUGUGGCCGAUGCAGGGCCCAUCACCCCCCACCUCAGCACCACAGCUACUGUCAUUGCCCAUCUAGUCCCCUGGAGGACCACCACAGUGGCCAUGAGUACUCACCAAGCCACAGUCCCUUCCUCAGUGACACCCUUGCUUGUGAUGAACACUGAGACUUUCUGGGAGCCAGAGCCCUGGUUUGUGGUGGUACUGACAGUGACCAGUGUCCUCUCCCUCUUGGCUAUGGGCUGGCUCCUCCGGAGGUGGACCCAAGCACCAAGCAAACCAGCCCUGGCUCUGCUGUCAAACAGUAUCCAGGGAACUGAACCAUCCAUGAAGGUACCACGGAGGGAGAUGCCCCAGGUACCCAGCAACCUCACGAGCCUGCACUUUGACGGCAGAGCACAGGACUCCCGCACCGGCAGAGAGUACCUGUUCAAUACAGACACGGGAGCCCGGCGCUGGCUCUGAGCCACGCAGCAGCUUCCUUAUGUUUGAAUUCCUUCUUCACGUGAUCUUGGGCUGUGUUUUCAAGUUGAUUCAAUAAUAAACAAAGUUACAAACAGAA